CACCCGCGAACCCAAACAGGAAGUGUUUAUUGCAGGGUGACAAACUGCACCGAAGCGAUACGCAUGGUGCGAGUGAACAGAUACAUCAGCCAACAAAAGAAAGUAUCGGCAGCACUGUUUCAGCAACAUGGCACCUACAGAUUUGAAAAGUUUGGUCCGUAGAUUCUGUGUUCUUCAAGCUGAACGUGUGGAGGCCUACAAGCUUUUUGAGGAGGGUCAUGAGGCAUACUUAAGGACGGGGCCCCACUAUGACUUCGAGCACUACAAACAGCUGGUACAUGAGAUAACAAAAGCAUUCUGUGGCAUUUCCAAAGAAGUUCUGGAGAUUAAAGAGCAACUGCAUCAAGACUUUGACCGGCCCGACCUCUCCGAGCACAUAGAGAAACUGCAAAUUAACGAGAAGAAGAAGCUAGAGCUGACAGCUAAGUUACAAUUGGCUAAACAGAAUGCCCUGGAUCAUCCAGAAGAUGAAGAGUUCCAGGAGAAAGUUCGGGAGAUCAAACAGGAUUUCAUAAAGAAUAAAGCAGUUUUGGCUGAGAUUCUGCAAGAUUUCAAGUACGAUUCAGAAGAACCGGAAUGAGAUGUAGGCACUGUCAGAAGACUUCCGUCUUGACAGAGAUGGUUCCUCUUUGAACUUUCUCUUAUAAGGAAUCAUCUAAGGUCUCGAUCGCUGUAUAGAUUAGAUAGACUGCACUGCUCCUGUCGCAGGCUUUGAGCAUGUUUUUUAUUUUUUAUUUAUUAAACAGUGUGGCAUCUUUUGUUUCAUUAUUGCAGUUAUGGUAGGAAUAUACUUUUUUGUUUGUUUGUUUGUUGAACCAAGUCAAUUCAAAGUGUAAAUCUGAACUAGGAAUAGAAAUAGGCAGCAAAAGUUUAUUAAAAAUGUUCCUUACAAUUUUUUUUUUUUUUUUUUUUUUU